CAUUACAGUUGGAGAGAGUCGCAGGAAUCUACAAAGCGCCCGAAGAAGUGGACACGAUCUCCAGGUCACAGACCGUACGUCGUCGCGGGAAGUGCCCAGUCAUCUGUGUGCUGGUUCAUUCUUUUCUAUCAUUCUCUUGGUCAUGGAUUCUGGCAGGGCCGGCGGCUUACCGCUGGUUUUCUUGGCUGCCUAUGCUGUCCUGCUAACACCAUGGCUUGUCACUGGUGCUGAGAAAGUCUCAGCAAGAACAGAUUUCGAGUCUACUAAACUGAAGAGUAUCGACGCCGCGCUGCAUGCAAUCAGUGCUCGCCUUCAAGUCGUGGAAAGCCAAUCCGAGCAGUCAGCCAUCCGUGCAUCUCAAGCGAUAGUCGAUCUUGCACGGCUCAUGGAGCAGAGUCUCAGUAGCAAGCUGGACGAGCAGGAGCAACGUCUGCAGAGUAGUAUCCAGCAGGAGAUAUACCAGGUCCAAAGGCAGCUGCACAAAUUGGAAUCUCAGCUAUCAUCCUACCCUAGAUCUUGCAAGGACAUUCUGGAAGGUGCCUCGUAUCCACCACCUUCAGGGUUGUAUGACAUCAUUCCUGAAGGAGGAGCUUCACCCACUGACGUCAUCAAGGUCCACUGUGACAUGGAACGCAGUGGUGGUGGCUGGACCAGGAUCGCCUACAUCAACCCUUCGCAGCAGGGCCAGUGCCCAGGCAACAUGAGGUAUCAAAACCAUCGCACCAACCUGUGCACCAGACAAGCCAACAGCAGUGGAUCGUGCAACGGCGCGUCUUUCCAGUCACCAAUCGGCGAGUACAGUGAAGUGAUGGGAUUUGUGACCGGAUAUCGGGACCAUUCGACUAACGCGUUCUUCGCCCGUUUGCCUUUGGAGACGUUCUACGUAGAUGGCGUAUCCAUCACGCAGGGCACACCAAUGGAACACAUAUGGACGUACGCUGUCAGCGACACAGGCGCAACCCCACUCUAUUCGUGUCCGUGUAGUCGCGUGCCCGGCCGGCAGUCUCCGGCCUUCGUCGGCUCGCACUAUUACUGCACGGACUACGGCCGUGCCUGGCAACGCUGGACAUUCUCCGAUGAUCAUCACCUGUGGAGCAACACUGCAAGAUCAGUGGUCGGUGGUAGCUGCACCGACAGCACACUACCAAUGCCCUGGUUCCAUAGGCAACUGACCGGGAAUACUACCGCACCCGUUCAAGUCCGUAUCUGCGCAGACUCGGGUACCAGCGAUGAGAACGUGGGAAUUGACGAAGCGGCCAUAUUUGUCCGGUAAACUCGGCCGAUCGACCCGCCACUAAGUUUCUCUCUUUCAUUCACCACACUUCAUUUCUGAGUUUUAGCUCUACUUCGAAGUACAUAUACCGUACCAUCGCUCAUGUUCCAUUUGUUCCUCUCAACUCUUUGCUUCUGAGCUCAUUUGCGUUUCUCAAUCCUACACUGUCGCCUGCCGUCACUUCGUGUGCGUUUCCAAACUGUGCAUAAGAUCCAUGGCCAUUACCAGUAGCGCAGUGUUUUCCUUUCCACUUCUCUCCAAUGCCAUUUGCAUUCAAAAAUGUGUUGUUUUCAAAAGGUACAACUGAACAAAUGCUGGAACACGCGUCAGUUCUAGAAGCACAGCGCCCAGAAAAUGUGAAUGCACCGCACUUGGACAAUCUCCCCGCUGUGUAAGGCACGAUGUUUCUAAAAUACACUUCAUUGGUUUCUGCUACCAGCCACCAUUGUCUAUACAUGUGCUGCUUCCAAUCUAAUUCACUGUUGUCACUGCACUGGUUGUUCUCAAACCAUGAAACUCUGGUUAACAAUACCCUACA